CUCAGCCGUCAACCCUUUCGUGCAUUCUCUCGCUUUUCAUUCUCUUGAUGAAAAUGACUUUUCAAUCAAGUUGAUUGAAACGGCGAGUUUUAAAAAAAAAGUGAACCUAGUUGUGCCAAUAUUCACUCGUUUGCGGAUUGUUUCAAGUGGGUGACGUCACCAACAACUGAGAAUGUCGCCAAACAAAAAGGGUGUAUUGGCUGGUGACGAAUACACUCACAAAUUGUACUUUGAUCCUAGGGCCGAUAAAGCGGACACUGGUGGCUAUUGGAUUACGGAUGAACAACUUCGCGAAAAAUUGUCAGAUUUAAUUGACACGGAAGAAAAGAUUGAAAAGGCUUCCGUUUACAGUAAUCCGCUCUCUUCGUGGCAAGCGACGAACGCUCUGCUGUAUCACGCGUUCAUUGUAAUGGAAACAAAUAAUUGGUGGUGGUCGAUUGAGAAAAACACGGAAGGCAUCACGAUUCAACGCUCGAAGGACAUCAAAAGUGUUCGCGAUAUGUACCAGAGGAAGAAACGGACGACUGGUUGGACUCCGUUAACAAAAAUCAGGAAGAAUGAAACUACGCAAGGCGGCAAUACCACAAUCGAAGAGCUCAUCAAUUACAUUUGGAGGAAAGAUUAUUUAAACGAUGUUUACCAUCUACUUAAGGAGAAUUGCCAAAAAUUUGCUGCCAUGAUUUUUGAUCGUAUCAAAUCACCGUACAAUGAUCGUGUCUAUUUUGACGAGGCUGCCGAUGAACCCCGAUCUUCAUUUAAUAGUUACUACAUGAAUGUGGAUCGAGUGUUCAGCGAAGUGCAACGUUUAAGCACUUCAGAGAAUUUUACUAGAUUAGAGAUUUAUAAAAUUCCAAUAAGUUCAUGGAACAUCCCAGAUUUUUUUGUGCCCGGCAUUUUCGCUUUCCUCUUUAGGCAAAUAUCAGGAUUAUUUUCGCAUCAUUACUUCGUGAUUUUUGAAACGAACAAGGGAACUUACUGGUCGUUCGAACGAUUACCGACUCGUUUCACCAUUCAGCGAGCCAAAAAUAAACAGAUCCUUCUGAAAGAAUGUCAACGGGAAUCACGCGAAACUUUACUCUCCAAAGCAAAUUUGGAAAAAUCAGAUGUUGCCGUGCCGCAGAAUAUGAAUGCAGUUUUGGAUUUUACCUGGAAGAAGAGGAACCUGGAAAUUUUUUAUUUGCCCGUAAACUUUUGCUACUUGGUAGCCUUGGGCAUCUACGAAAAAUUUAAAAGGAACUAAUGUUGCCGCCCAGAAAUCCAGUACAAAUAACUGCCAAUGAGCUUUAAUACAAACUAUUCGCUAUUUUUCAUAAUUUUUCGUUAACUCCAAAAGUUGCGGCAUAGAGACGAGGAAAUAAUUGGCCGAUAAAAAUUUUGAUCAACACGGUACAUCUCACCACGAAGUAAAUGCAACCUUUUUUUUUAGCUAAACUGAUAGAAAAAUGGUAAUUCCUACCUUGACGUUCGGGAUGACACUCCUCCGGCCGGGAUGUUUUCCCACUGAUUAGGGCUAAAUCAGUGGGCCAUAAAGGAUUUCCAUAAUCUUCUGUCAUUUGGGGGUUCACGAAUGGCUGCCAGUCUGAAAGGAAAAAAGGAAAUAAAGUGGAACAUCAACCAAUAACUUUCAUUGUUUUGUUAUUUGGUGGACCUCAUGGUAACACUACCUGAAUCCAAUCAAAAUUCAACUCCGGAACUAAAGUAGAAAAAUACAAAUCUGCUUUUUAAAGUUGAUUGGGACAUAGGACCCCUGGUCGUUGACAAGUCAUUUUCAUAUAUCAAUAAAUAAUGAAGGGUUACUUACGUUAAUUCAAUAAUGUUCAGUUUGCAAGUUCAGUUUCACUGGAAAGACCUGUAUGUAGUAAUGGUGAUUUGACUGUCCCAGAUCCAUAAUUACUGUAGACUUUAAGGACAGGACAACUGCUGUCUAUCUGUGAAGAGCA